AUGGCCGACGAUAGCUCUUGGCUUCUCAGCGAGACAUACCAACCCGUAUGGAAAACCAAGCUGGAGAGAAUCGAGCUCUACUAUGGUGAAGGGAAUGAAUAUUUCAUCCGCUUCGUUGGACCGGUACAAGCCAAACAGGCCAUCGAACUGUAUUCAGAAAUCACUUUCACCGUCGAUGGUGCAUACAAGGGGUUAAUGGACGGGAUCCACUACUCUCUGACCACUAAACAGGACGUCUGCGUUUGUGUCUAUCGCUAUCUUGUCGAAAGUAGGAACCGCGACAGGGUGAUGUUUGUCGACGCGUACGUCGAAGCCCUUACGGCGGGCUUCAAGACACCCCAUGGAGAUCCUUCUCAUUCUCGGAUGUGGGCGAUAUUGGAAUGCUUCACGAACAGUGAACGGUAUAGCAUGGAUUUGAUAUUCAUUGGCGAUUCAGCUAAAGCCUUCGAGGAUCGUGCUAAAGAGACUACUCGAGCCAAGCCGUUUCUCCUUGACCGAGAUAAGCUGCGGAUCGACCACUACCGGAAGUGGCGACAUCAGCUUCCACGCCGUAAUGAUGACGACCACGACCACGACCACGCUCAUGGUGACGAUGAUAAUGAUGAUCAUGAGGAGGAGGAGGAGGAGGAGGAGGAGGGCUGCGUGGACAUGUUUCACUCGAGCUCGAAGAGUGAAGCUAUCGAAGCCAUGACUCUUGAGGACGAAGGCGAACUCAGUUCGCAGAUGACCGACGAUAAUGUGGUGAACGGGCGACCACCGAUGGAUGAUCCUCAGGGUUGGAUUGAUUGGUACAAACGACAUCAGCAGUAG